CCACGACGCCACCGACGCGUAACCCCCGCGCCAAAAUCUCUCUCUCUCUCUCUGUCUCAUAUCCGCUCGCGACAAUUCGAAGCAAAUCAUCACCGAAAGCCUCCGAAAUCCUCGCUCAAUGCGGUGCUCGAUCCAACUCAUAAUUGCAGAUCCAUGGACGCCGUCUCGAUCCGAGUCCCCUACCACCAUCUCGAGAGGGGAUCGGAGCUCGAGCUCGUCGACAUAGACGGCCGAGGCGAGUCGACGAGCAUCCCGAUCUCAUCGCCGUCGUAUGAUUCUCCGGGGUCGAAGAAUCGGCGGGAGGAGAAAGGAUCCGGCUUGAGGACGCUGGUGAUGAGUUGUAUGGUUGGCGCUGGGGUUCAGUUUGGAUGGGCGCUGCAGCUGUCGCUUUUGACUCCCUACGUUCAGACACUAGGAAUCCAGCAUGCCUUUUCUUCAUUCAUUUGGCUUUGCGGACCUAUCACCGGAUUGAUAGUUCAACCUUGUGUUGGUAUUUGGAGCGAUAAAUGUCGUUUGAAACUAGGAAGGAGACGGCCAUUUAUUUUAGCAGGAUGCGUUAUGAUUUCUUUUGCUGUCACAUUAAUUGGUUUUUCUGCUGACGUUGGAUACAUUUUAGGAGAUACCAAUGAAGAUUGCAAGAUUUAUAAAGGUCCCAGAUUGCGAGCAACCAUUAUUUUUGUUAUGGGAUUUUGGAUGCUGGAUCUUGCUAACAAUACAGUGCAAGGUCCAGCUCGAGCUCUUUUGGCUGAUCUCUCAGGCCCUGAUCAGUGUAAUUCUGCAAAUGCAAUAUUUUGCUCGUGGAUGGCUGUUGGAAAUAUCCUAGGAUAUUCUGCUGGUGCUAGUGGUCAGUGGACUAGGUGGUUCCCUUUUCUGAAAACUAAAGCUUGCUGUGAAGCAUGCGCUAAUUUGAAAGCAGCAUUUCUAGUUGCUGUGGCUUUCCUUUUGUCAUGUAUGUCUGUGACACUAUAUUUUGCCAAAGAAGUUCCACUAGAAGCAAAGUCUGUGCAACACUUGUCUGAUUCUGCACCCUUGCUGAAAGACUCUCAGCAUCAUAGCCAUGGGUCGUCAUGGACAACCCCUGGGAAACAAGAGAAUGGUCAUGACUCUGAAUACGUAGUGGCUGCCAAAACUAAUUCCAAUGGUCAUUCAAAUUUUGACUUGAACAGUAAACACGAUAAAGCUGAUGCCAUUAAUGCUGGACCAUCAGCUGUUCUCGUUAACCUCUUAACUAGCUUAAGGCAUUUGCCACCUGGCAUGCACUCGGUGCUUCUAGUGAUGGCUCUUACUUGGACAUCAUGGUUUCCCUUCUUCCUCUUUGACACUGAUUGGAUGGGGCGAGAAGUGUAUCAUGGGAAUCCGAAUGGGAACACAAAUGAAAUUUUCAUGUAUCAAAACGGUGUCAGAGAAGGUGCAUUUGGUUUGCUGUUGAAUUCAGUCGUUCUAGGGAUUAGCUCUUUUCUUAUUGAUCCAAUGUGCCGGAAAAUGGGUUCAAAAAUAGUAUGGGCAAUGAGCAAUUUUAUUGUGUUUAUUUGCAUGGCAGCAACAACAAUUAUAAGUUUUGUGUCCCUCAGUGAUUACUCCAAUGGAAUUCAGCAUGUGCUUGGAGCUAACAACGCAAUUAAGAUAGCAACCUUGGUUAUUUUUUCUCUUCUUGGAUUUCCUUUAGCGGUAAGCACUGAUUCUCAUAAUACAUUGGUUUUUGUUCUUUCCGACUCAAUACAAUCAUCAUCUUACUUCCACUUAUUGCAGAUUACAUACAGCGUCCCAUUUUCUGUGACUGCAGAGUUGACUGCUGGUACAGGAGGCGGACAAGGAUUGGCUACUGGGGUAUUAAAUCUCGCAAUUGUCAUACCUCAGAUGCUUGUUUCCCUCGGUGCAGGCCCCUGGGACGCUCUAUUUGGAGGAGGAAACAUCCCUGCAUUUUUCCUAGCCGCGGCCUUUUCCUUAGCAGGUGGAAUUAUUGCAAUCCUGAAGCUACCUAAACUUUCCAAUUCCUAUACCUCCAGUGGGUUCCAUGGAUUUGGUUGAAUUGGCUUAUUUAUCAUCAACAGUAAUCUUCGUUCCCUUUUCGAUCCUCCUUUUCUUCUGCUUCGUUCACUUUCAUUCAUAUCAAUUCAUUUCCCCCGCUUUUCUCAUUAAUUCCAUUUUCAAUUUAAGAUGAUUUAUAUAGGUAAAUACAUGUACUCUUAAUACUGUAAAAUUUACAUGAGCAAAUACCAGAGGUUUGUGUAUUAGCAGAUUGAUCAUAACUUGCAUAUA